CAUUAAUACUAAUCUUAAAAGUUACCUACUUAAUUUGUUCAAUAAGUGAGUUAAGCAAAGAAAAAAUAUAUAUAUAACUCUAUAAAGAAUCAGAGUCUAAGAGCAUGUAAUAGAACUGUAGAGAGGUGGCAGACUAGAGAAGGAGAGAUGAUCCUAUAACAACUAACACCAACCCUCCAUAGUCAAUAUACAGUUCACCUGCAAAAAACUGCACCCACUACAAAAUUUUAAUUUCUCGAAGAAGCCCUUUUUUUUCAUCCCACAAGAAACCGAACCAACUCAACUCUUUAAGUCAAGCCAAUGUUAAACCUACAAAGCUCUACAUGCAAAUUAUCUAUUGGAUUCUCAACAAACUUGAAUUAUACCAAAAUCUAUCAAGAGGUUGGUAUGUUAGCUCAUCCCCUUUAAUUUCGUUCUUUUUCUUGUUCUUAAUUCUCCAUUUUCUCUCUAUCUCUUCAGUGUAACACCAUGGAAUUUCCAAUCGAGGGGCCGGUUUAUGGCGACACGGGAACAUAUGUUAUACAGACUAAAAAGCUCUCCUAUACUUUCCACAGUCUGUAUGAUGAAUAUAGACAUUUUUUGUUUUGGAAGAGUGUUAAGGUGUCGCCAAGGUUCAUCGUCAAGAAUGUGGAUUUCGAGGCGAGGCCGGGGGAAAUCACAGCAAUUGCUGGUCCUAGUGGAGCAGGGAAAACUACACUGCUGGAGAUUCUAGCUGGGAAGAUUUCACCAAGGAAGGUUUCUGGUGAGGUGCUGGUUAAUGAUCAUCCUAUGCACAUCGAUAGUUAUCGUAGACUAUCGGGUUAUGUUACUCAAGAAGACGUCUUAUUCCCACUUCUCACCGUUGAAGAAGUCCUGACUUAUGGUGCGCUUUUGAGGGUUUCCGGUGGGAAAAGAGUGGCUAAGCAUAGAGUUAAGGUGCUGAUGAAGGAGCUUGGACUUGAACAUAUAUCUGGUUCAAGAAUAGGUGAAGGUUCAAGCCAUGGCAUUUCGGGUGGCGAAAGGAGGAGGGUGUCAAUUGGGAUGGAAUUGGUCCACGACCCUGCGGUUUUGCUCAUUGAUGAACCAACUUCAGGCUUGGAUUCAGCAUCGGCCCUUCAUGUUAUUUCUCUGCUGAAAAUGAUGGCUGUCAAUCAAGGUAAAACAAUUAUCUUGACCAUCCAUCAACCUGGAUUUCGAAUCCUCGAGUUGUUUGACAGACUUGUUUUGCUCUCAAAUGGAUAUGUCCUGCACAAUGGUUCACUAGAUUUACUCGAAGAACGGCUCAAAAAAGCUGGUUAUCACAUACCUCCACAUAUCAACGUGCUCGAAUUUGCCAUCGAUAUCUCUAGCAGCAUAACCAUACAAACUUCAGAAGCUCCCAACAGCAAGCCCGUUUUCGAAACUGAUGUUGAAAGUGAAGGAAGUGCAGAUAAUAGUUGUCACAGUGUAAGAAUUUCCACUUCCUGUGACAAGAAAAAAUUUCCAUCUUACUCGAAUUCUCAAUUUCGGGAGGUUCUAAUUCUUGGGGAAAGAUUUUGUAAGAACAUUUUCAGAACCAAAGAACUCUUUGCAACACGAAUAAUUCAAGCUGUGGUAGUGGGAUUCAUACUCGGUACAAUAUACAUGAAUGUCACCAAUAAUAUAGGGAAGGUUGCUUUACAAUCCCGACUUGGAUUCUUCGCUUUCAGUCUUAGUUUCUUGCUAUCCUCCAUGACGGAGGGUCUGCCAAUUUUCCUGCAAGAGAGAAGAAUAUUGAUGAGAGAGACAUCAAGAGGAGCAUAUAGGGUAUUAUCUUAUGUUUUAGCAAACACCAUUGUGUUCCUUCCUUUUCUCUUAAUGGUUGGUCUACUCUUCAGUACCCCAGUUUACUGGCUAAUCGGCCUGAGGCGCGACUUGGAUGGUUUUCUCUAUUUCUUCCUGGUGGUUUGGGUGGUUGUCCUAAUGUCAAAUUCUUUCACAGCAUGCUGCAGUGCACUUGUGCCAAACUUUAUAAUGGGUACAUCAAUAAUUGCAGGGCUAAUGGGGGCUUUCUUUCUCUUUUCUGGGUAUUUUAUUGCUCAAGAGAAUAUACCCAGUUACUGGAUCUUCAUGCAUUACUUGAGCCUGUUCAAGUAUCCAUUCGAGAGUUUGGUGAUAAACGAAUAUGGAGGAAAAGGCAGCAACAAGUGCUUGGAAAUUUUAAGAGAUCACUGCAUCCUAUAUGGAAAUGGGUACUUGAAACAGCAGGGUCUUGAAGAGUCACAGAAGUGGACUAACAUGGCUGUGAUGUUGGGUUUUGUCUUAGGUUACAGAGUGCUCUGUUUUCUUAUUUUAUGGUUCAGAUGUUACAGAACCAGACAUUAAGCAUAAAAUUCCCAGCAAAAAAAGAUAGCUCAUUCUAACUUAUGUAGUACACUGGGAAGAUAAUAUUUUUUUAAUGAUCGGAACACACAGAUAUAUGAAAAAAAAUAUUCUUUUGAAUGCUUUAACAUAUUGCUGAUAUUGGUAAGCAUAUUCCUCCGUCCCACUUCUAUCAAACUA